AUAAUACAGAAGGAAAUAUUGACCACACGCAUAGUCACAGAUGACAUUCUCUCUCCCAAUGCCUACAAGUUGGCUUGGAUUAUAUAUUUAUAUAUAUGGUUUCUCUGCAACUUGUUGGCUAGAUUAAACUUUGAUCUCUCUCUGCAACUUGCUAAGAAAAUCGUUCACUUAGUCUUUGUGUUUGUUGGAAGAAUCAUUCUCCCUUUAAAUUAUAGUGAUCCCAGAUCGCCAUAACUCAAGCAGCAAAAAAGUUUGCACUUGUUCUUGCCUCACAUAUUCUAUUAUAUUUCAGCAUUUUAGCCCGUGGAGGGAGAGAGAGAGAGAGAGAGAGAAUGACAUUAGAGGCGGUGGUGUUCCAAGAAGAACAAUAUAGCUAUGGUUGGAAGGAUUCGCAGGCCAUAGGAGGAGGAGGUGGUGGUGCUGGAUCUUGGAGCCAUGGCUUUGAUUUUGGAGAAGAAGAUCACCAAGAAGAGAGUAAUGAGGUAGGGCAACAAGGUUUCAAUAUGAGUUUGGACUCUUCACCUUCCUCAAUGGUGCAAAGUGUCAAUGACUCUGACACCAAUAAUGGGUCAGCUUUCAAUCACGUGUUCCCUUCGAUUGAAGGUCUGGCGGCCACCACAGGGCGGAAAAAGAGAAAGCGCAUCCGAAGCAUCAAGAACAAGGAAGUUAUGGAGACACAAAGGAUGACCCACAUAGCUGUUGAACGCAAUCGGAGGAAGCAAAUGAAUGUCUAUCUUGCUGUCCUCCGCUCUAUGAUGCCCGCUCCCUAUGCCCAAAGAGGAGACCAAGCAUCAAUUAUAGGAGGAGCCAUUAAUUUCGUGAAGGAGCUUGAGCAACUUCUACAAUCUAUAGAAGGCCAGAGACGAACCAAGCAACAAUCAGAUCAUCACUUAAAUUUCGCCUCGAUCUUCUCGAGCUUCUUUGCCUUCCCUCAGUACUCGACCUGUUCGACCAACCAUGGUCAUGGCCUAUACAACAAUAGCUCAAUGGAGCUUUCAAAUGAGUUAACGGCUGAGAAGCGGUCGUCGGCGAUUGCAGAUGUUGAGGUGUCAAUGGCGGAAAGCCAUGCCAAUAUCAAAGUGCUUGUUAAAAAGCAGCCAAGGCAGCUCUUGAAUAUGGUGCUUGGUUUGCAUUCUCUGCGCCUUAUGAUCCUUCACCUCAAUGUCACUACCGUGGAUAGUAUGAUCUUUUACUCUUUCAGUGUCAAGAUUGAAGAUAAUUCUCAGCUGACCUCAGUGAAUGAGAUUGCAGCUGAUGUGUAUGAAAUGGUGGGUAGGAUUCAGGAGGAAGCUCAGCAUUUAGCUCAAUAACCUUUAUUAGUUUGUCCACUAAUAUUGGCAUCAUGCUUUCUUCUUUAUGUAAUGUAGUAAAUGGAAACAACUUGGGUUACAUUUCUUAAUUUGUACUUUCCAAGAAUUAUCUGCAUUAUGACAUGGCUUAAAUUUCUGAUGAA